UUUGCAUGCCUCUCCUUGCACUGUUUGUGUUUGCUGCUCUACAGCCUUGCAGCGUUCCUGUGGCAGUGCGGGCAAGAUGCAGGCAAAAGAGAAGAAAGACCGUAAAAAACCCAGCAACUCCGGGCCUGGGAUCACCAUGACCACAGGCGUACAUAGCGUGGCGAAAACCAUCAACGUGUGUCGGAGUGUGAUAAUUGAGAUCACCAACAAGACCAGGAAUGUGACGCUCCAAGACUUCAGGAGUUACUGCUUCAGUGGCCAGGUCCACAGCCCUGUCCCAUUUGAGAUUGGCCCAGGCUCCAGUGGAGAAUGUGUGUUUGCAAAGACUCCAUACAGCCUGCGAGGGAGUGUGGGUGUCCUGGUGUGCACGUUUGACUCUUCUGCCCUGGCCAUCAUGUUCUCCAACCCCUUCGACUACAUCCUUUAUCGCAUCGAAUUUGCCCUGGAAAUCUUCAAAAUGGAAAAUCACAUGGGAAGACUCCAUGAUGUCUAUUCCAAAAUGAUGGGGAGCAAAGCUUACAGCAGCUCCAGGCUCUUCCAGCGAGCACAUGCAGAUUCUGGACAAGAAACCCUGGAGGUCUCCAAGGGGAACAUUCGUGUCAGAGCCAAGAUGUCCAACAACGAGAAAGCAGUCAUGAAAGUUCAGAUAGAAGACACGGACCCCCCACCUUAUUCCAAAAAUGAAUGAGUGAGGAUUAGUGCAAUUGCCACAGCCAGCUUCCUGCAUGAGCUACUCUUUGACAGCAUUGUUAGAGAUCUUACUGAGCUAUCCACCUCUGGUUGAUCAGUGGUCAUCAGUGCUAAUUAGUGGUGACAGAUCCAGUGGCAAAUGGACAAAUACUACUAGGGAGAAGUCCAGCCUGUGCCCUCCUGAGUGAUGCACGCCUAGCCAGCAAAGACCCUUCUGGUAUCUCCUGAGCAUGGUGAUCUUACUAAUAAGCUAAUAAUGUUUAGCAGCUGGUGAAGUCCUAACUAAUGUUUGUGUUAGCUAAUUAAAAAAAAAUGUUUUAAUCCUUGUAAGAUA